AUGGCGCAUUCGAUCAGUUUCGGCAUCAAUUUAGCGGUGACGACGAACGUGUUCCAACUCGUUUGGCACCAAAACCGAAACGCAAUCAAAGGUGGUGGUAAUGGUAAUGGUGGCGGGAGCAACAAAACGACUUCAAAACGACCGGUUUUCUUGGUGUUUUGUUCGAUUCCUUUGAUCAUGUUGGAUAACGUGCGACACGUUUUGCAAGACGGCGAAAUGAUUGGAAAGUGGAGUUCUAUGUAUCGUAGCGACGAGAAGUGCUAUCAUCACGACUUUAGGUGUUUAUCGUUGGUCGGUUGGACGUGUCAAAUUGCCACGACGGUUGGCUUCGCUUUGCUUUUACUAGGCGUGUUGAUGAGCAGCGGCGCGUGGGUGAAGUUGAAACGAAGGUAUAGGGAGUUGAGAGGUACUCCUACGAGGAACGUUGGUAGUUCGAAUGCUUAA